AUGGCGACCACACCACAUUUUUUUAGUCUCCCUUCUCUCCUCAUAGCCUCGGUUGUGAUCUUCCUACUCUCAUCAGUGGCAUCUGCCAUAGGUGUCAACUAUGGAACAUUGGGGAACCUUCCACCGCCGCAGCAAGUGGUGGACUUCAUCAAAACAAAAACCAUUUUUGACAGUGUCAAGAUCUAUGAUGCGAAUCCUGACAUCCUCCGAGCCCUAGCAGGGACUGGAAUAAACGUCACCAUUAUGGUCCCUAACGGUAACAUUCCAGCAAUGGCCAACGUUGAAAAUGCUCGUCAAUGGGUCGCUGCCAAUGUCUUGCCAUUUCACCAACAAACUAAGAUCAAAUACAUCUGUGUUGGGAACGAGAUUCUUCUUACUAAAGACAAUAACUUGAUCUCAAAUCUUAUUCCGGCAAUGCAAAGUCUUCACAAAGCUUUGAACAUUUCCGGUCUACCAGAUAUGAAGGUGACAACGCCACAUGCGUUUACCGUAGGCUAUAACCUAAACGCACCAAGCCAGAGCAGAUUUAACGACGAUCAAAAAGAUUUUUUUGCUAAGAUCUUGGAGUUCAAUCGCCAAGCCAAGUCCCCAUUCAUGAUCAGCGCCUACCCUUAUUUUAUGAUGGACCCGAACAAUGUCAAUUACGCUAUAUUUGGUCCGUCAAAUGCUAUAACGGAUACUAAAACAGAACACACCUAUAACAACAUGUUCGAUUCAGUCAUGGAUGCAACCUAUUCAGCUAUGAAUGCUCUCGGCUAUGGCGAUGUAGAUAUUGCCGUAGGAGAAACUGGUUGGCCUAGCGCUUGUGACGCUGCAUGGUGCACACCUCAAAAUGCAGAAAACUACAACCUUAACAUCAUCAAGCGUGCACAAAAUAUAGGGACACCUCUUAUGCCUAAUCGCCACAUCGAUAUCUACAUAUUCGCAUUGUUCAAUGAGGAUGGUAAAUCUGGUACCGCUGAGAAAAAUUGGGGACUAUUCAAACCUGACUUUUCUCCGGUUUAUAAUGUUGGGGUUUUACGAGGUGGUGAAACAAGUCCACCACCAAGUAGUAGUGAAAAAUGGUGUGUGGCGAAACAAGAAGCGACAGACGCACAACUACAAGCGAAUAUUGAUUGGGUGUGUAGCCAAGGUAUUGAUUGUAAGAACAUCUCACCUGGUGGUAUAUGUUUUGACAACAACAACAUGAAGACCCGAUCGUCGUUCAUCAUGAACGUUUAUUACCAAAGCAAAGGUGGCUCGGAAGAUGCUUGUAAUUUCAGCGGUAGUGGUGUCGUCACUACUACCAACCCAAGCACUAGUACAUGCGUUAUACAAAACAUGGAAGACGGAUCCAUACAUAUGGAAACUACCAAUAUUGAUUGGGUGUGUAGCCAAGGUAUUGAUUGUAAGCCAAUCUCACCUGGUGGCACAUGUUCUGAAUUUGAGAUCAACAUGCAGACACGAGCUUCGUUCAUUCAAUACGGUUAG